GGUGAACACGGAAAUACAUGGAAUUCCGGUUAUAAACGGCAUAUAAGUAUUUAUGUAAAAAAAAAAGGGAGGUGACCAUUACCGAUAUAAGUGUGAGCAGGUAAACAGCCUUCAGAUGAUCCUCCCAAGCAGUUACAUUCAAACUAUUAAUUCAACAUUCGCUUUUAUAUAUAUUCCAAUAUCGUUUUGUGUCUCUUCGGGAAGACUCAAGUGUAUGUGCUUGAGUCCAACGACAGAGAAAGAGAGAGAGAAAUCAAGUUCAAUUUGUAGUUCAAUACGUGAAUGAAAAAUGUACCAUUGAAUCAAAAAAAAAAAAAUUUGUUGCUCUUUUUUUUUAUUUAUGGAAUUUUUUUAGUUCGUCAAUUUCUUCGAUUCUUAAUUUUUUUUUCCUCUAUAAUUUAAGAAAAAUUCUCCUUUUUUUAAUUGAAAAAAAAAUGUGAAAACGAUUUGGAAAAUUGUGAACUGAUUUUAUUGAAAAUUUUCAUCUGAAUACAGAAAAUCAAAAACCAAAAUAAUUAUGAAAAUUUCGGCAAAGAUCUUACUGAUAUGUAUCAUCGCUUUCACUUCACUAAUUUUAACAACGACAGCAAGUUUGGCUCAUGUUGGUACAUGCUUGAGAAAUUGUGCGCAGUGCACCAAAAUGCUUGGACCAUACUUUGAGGGUAGUUUAUGCGCCGAUACUUGUGUGAAAUUAAAAGGUAAAAUUAUUCCCGACUGUGAGGAUGUCAACUCUAUUGAACCAUUUAUAACCAGGCCAGAUGAAGAUUAAUUAUUUAUAACAUAUAUAUAUAUAAAAAUGCAUAUUAGAAAAAAAGUAUUUGAUACAAAAUUUUUUGAAAAUUGUUUUCGCUAAGAUCAUAUUUUUUUUUAAACUGCAUAUGCAAUGAAAAAAAAACUGC